GAAGACAAAAGGCGAAGCAACAAGGCAGGAGAGGAGUACGAUCGGCCGCAGGCGAGGGAGAUUUUCGAACACCGGCAGCAUCAAAGGAAGGAAGACGCCCAUUUGGCGCGCGCCCCUAUAAAUACACCCGCCUCCGGCUCAACCUGCCGCCUCCUCCCCGCGCCCGCGCACUCCCCCCGCACUCCCCCGUCGCCUCCGUCUGCUCCGCCGCCUGCCCGGUCCGGCGCGGCGACGAGCCCCCGCAAGGAGCUCACUGAAUAGUACUUGACCAGAGCAGGGUAUAAUGAAGAGAGUCUCAUCGCAUGUCUCCAUUGCCUCAGAGGCAGAGAUCAAUCUUGAUCUCUCACGGUUACUAAUUGACAAGCCAAGGUUCACACUGGAGCGUAAGAGGUCAUUUGAUGAACAGUCAUGGAGUGACCUCUCGCAUCGGCAUAAUGACGGCUUUGAUAGUGUGGCGCAUUCGCCUGCAUUCCGCACCGGUUUCGAGUCACCAUUCUCAACGGGCUCACACUUCGGUGAGCCAAGUGGACCACACCCGCUUGUGAAUGAGGCAUGGGAGGCACUCAGGAAGUCUGUAGUGUAUUUUCGUGGCCAGCCUGUGGGUACCGUUGCUGCGGUAGAUCAUGCAUCAGAGGAGGUGCUCAAUUAUGAUCAGGUUUUUGUGCGGGAUUUUGUUCCUAGUGCAUUGGCUUUCUUAAUGAACAACGAACCUGAAAUAGUGAAGAACUUCCUCUUGAGAACUGUCCACUUGCAAAGCUCGGAAAAAAUGGUAGACCGGUUCAAGCUUGGAGCAGGAGCAAUGCCUGCAAGUUUCAAGGUGGACCGUAAUGUGAACAGGAACACUGAAACAUUAGUUGCAGAUUUUGGUGAGAGCGCAAUUGGCAGGGUGGCACCAGUGGACUCUGGAUUUUGGUGGAUUAUUCUCCUCCGGGCGUAUACAAAGUAUACUGGAGAUGCUAGUUUGUCAGAAUCACCUGAUUGUCAGAAGUGCAUGCGGCUUAUACUGAAUCUUUGCUUAUCUGAGGGAUUCGAUACUUUCCCAACUCUGCUCUGCACUGAUGGUUGCUCAAUGAUCGAUCGUCGAAUGGGUAUAUACGGUUAUCCUAUUGAGAUCCAAGCUCUCUUCUACAUGGCAUUAAGAUGUGCCCUCCAAAUGCUUAAGCCGGAUGGUGAAGGGAAGGACUUCAUAGAGAAGAUAGGGCAACGACUGCAUGCAUUAACCUACCACAUGAGAAAUUACUUCUGGCUUGAUUUUCCACAUCUAAAUAACAUAUAUAGAUACAAAACAGAAGAAUACUCCCACACCGCUGUGAACAAAUUCAAUGUCAUUCCGGAUUCAAUCCCUGAUUGGGUGUUUGAUUUCAUGCCUUGUCGGGGAGGCUACUUCCUUGGCAACGUCAGCCCUGCUAUGAUGGACUUCAGGUGGUUUGCUCUUGGAAACUGUAUUGCCAUUAUAUCAUCUCUAGCUACCCCGGAGCAGUCAUCGGCAAUAAUGGAUCUCAUCGAGGAGAGAUGGGAUGAGCUAGUGGGCGAGGUGCCUCUUAAGAUAGUAUAUCCUGCACUUGAGAACCAUGAAUGGAGAAUAAUUACUGGCUGCGACCCCAAGAAUACUAGGUGGAGUUAUCAUAAUGGAGGAUCUUGGCCAGUUCUUCUAUGGCUGCUGACAGCAGCCUGCAUCAAGACCGGGCGGCCACAAAUGGCGAAGCGCGCCAUCGAGCUCUCCGAGGCAAGGCUCCUCAAGGACGGCUGGCCCGAGUACUACGACGGCAAGCUGGGCAAGUUCGUCGGCAAGCAGGCCAGGAAGUUCCAGACAUGGUCCAUCGCUGGAUACCUAGUCGCGAGGAUGAUGCUGGAGGACCCAUCGACGCUCAUGAUGAUCUCCAUGGAGGAGGACCGGCCUGUGAAGCCGACAAUGAGGCGGUCGGCGUCAUGGAAUGCUUGAGGAAGGGGGUUGGGUUUCUUGAAAAAAGAAUUUACUUGCCGAGGGUUCAACAGAAAAAGGAGUCCAGAGUUGGUUGUAAUUGUACUCUGUCAGUUUGGACAGAAGUGUAUACCGUAGAUGCACCUAGAAGUCGCUCUACGUUUUCUUCCUUUUGUCAAAAACAGCAAAGUGAAGCUUGUGCUUUGGUGAUACCUCAGUUUCGGAAUAAUAUGUUUAUUUUGUACCA